CCAUAUGGUUUUAAGCGGGUGUUUUACGUCGAUUUUUAAUGUUGGUGCUGACCGGUGCAAUAUCUGUAAUAUUUUCGACCCGUUUUCGCACUAGGUUCCUGAUAACUGUUGUAUUAAACAGAAUGGCAUCGAACAAUGUUGGAUCACCGGUUGAAAUUGACGGUUCUAUGCUGGAAGGAGGAGGUCAAAUUUUGAGAAAUGCUGCGGCUUUGAGUUGUGUGCGUUGCUGUCCCAUUAGAGUGUAUAACAUCAGAGCAGGACGGAACAAGCCAGGACUUAGGCCUCAACACUUGACUGGCCUCACACUGAUAAACAAAGUAUGUGGAGGUCACUUAAUUGGAGGAGAUGUCUCCUCACAGGAAAUAGUGUUCCAUCCUGGCAGAGUGAAGUCGGGCGAUUACAUGGCCGAUCCUGGUACUGCUGGGAGCAUCUGCCUGUUGAUGCAGGCUGCUCUACCCUGUCUGCUGUAUGGUCCUGGUGAGUCUCACCUAACUCUGAGGGGUGGUACCAAUGCUGACAUGGCACCACAGGUGGAUUACUACAACUAUAUAUUUCAACCUAUUGUUGCUCAAUUUGGGAUGAAGAUAGAUAUCAACAUCAAGAGAAGGGGUUACUUUCCUAAAGGUGGAGGGGAAGUGGAGAUCACAUCAUAUCCAGUGAAAUAUCUAAAGCCAGUGACAAUGAUGGAUGUCGGAAAGGUGGUGAAGAUCUAUGGCCGGGCGUUUGUGGCCGGUGAUCUCCCUAUAAAGGUUGCGACAAUAAUGGAGAAAUGUGCAAAGACUGUUAUACGUGAAGACUAUACCGACAUACCAGUAAACAUUGAAGUGGUGAAGGAACCCCGCCAUAUGGCUAUUGGUACUGGUACUGGCAUCAUAAUAGUCGCGGAAACCUCAACAGGAUGUUUACUGGCAGGCUCAGCGUUAGGAAAGAAAG